AUGGCAUCCCAGCAGUCACCAACCCCUUCGCGCGUCCUCUCUGUGGCGACAUCAGCGUCGCACAAUUUCUCGAAGACGGCGCUGUCAUCUAUCAAGCUCAUCGCCAAUAUCGGUAUUGAAGGAGAUUGCCAUGCCGGUGAAACAGUACAACAUCGCUCCCGACAGCACAUCAAGCCACCACCUGCGAACUUGCGACAAGUACACAUAAUACCUAUAGAGAUACUACAAAAUAUCGCCUCUAAGCUGCUGACGGACGCCAUGAGGCAGCAGCUUCUUGCCCCCGGAGCCCUGGGUCAAAAUAUCACCACUGAGGGAAUCGACCUGUUGAGCUUGGGUUCAGGAACAGAGCUUCAUUUCAUGGGAGACGAUGUGACGCCAGGCGAAGAGGCUGUGCUUUUCCUCACUGGUCUUCGCAACCCAUGUCCCCAAAUCGAUCGCUUUCAAGCUGGACUAAAAAAUCAUUUCCUCGUUCGUGACCAAAAUCGACAGAUUAUCCAGCGUUUGGCAGGUGUCAUGACGACGGUCAAGCAAGGGGGAAUCAUCAAGCCCGGAAUGAGGCUGCAGAUUGCAAAGCCUUCUACACAUACUCCUCUGAAAGCUGUUUAA